CCUGCAGGAAGGGCCGCGGCCGGGAAGGAGUGACCGCACGGCGCUGCCCAGCGCCCACCACCGGCAGGGGCCCGACCUUGCUCAGCUCCAGGUGGCUGCGGUGGGGGCGGCCCCGGAGCGAAAGGCCGGAGAGCCCCCGCGAGGAACGGGAGUAGGAGGAGGCCCCAGCCCCGCCCGCCCCUCCUCUUCCGGGGCGCCCGCCCUCCGCCCGCCCUUUCUCUCCGCCGCGCCCGUGGGGAGCAGCUGCGGCCGGCACGGCCCGCCGGGACCCGCCCCGCCUCCUCGCCGGGCACCUGCUCGGGGCGGAGCGGCGGCGGCCGGAGUGAGCGGCGGGAGCAGGGGCGGCAGCUCUGGAAGCGGCCCCGCAAGCGGCCUCGCUGGCGCUUCAAGAAACUUAUAUAAACGCAUGAGAGAAGAUGACAAGAUCUAGAUCAAGAUCACCACGGUGGAAACCAAGGUCCUUAUCUCCAGCAUUUAGGAGUCCAGAGCACCAUAGGCAAAGGCAUGCUCAUGUUAAUUAUGACUGUGAAUACAAAAGCUUUCGUAAGGAGCCAAAGAAGCCUAUGCCUUGGAGAAUAGAAGAUGAAAAAUAUGGACAAAGCAAUUCCAGGUUUGCACCUCAUGGAAAUAACCACCAGAGAAUAUACGAACGUAGAUCACCUUCACCAAGCCUGAAAAGAAUUCCCAUGGAAGAUACUUACAGUCAUAAGCCCUACAGAACACAUUCAUCUGAAAGAACUGAAAGCAGUAGGAGAUGCCAGUUACCACCAAAAUACUCAGAAAUACCGUAUAAAGAGCACGAUCGUCCAUUUUACCAACACAAAAUGGAAGACAGAUACCUGUUUGAGCACUACAAACUCACUGGAAAUGAAAAAGGAAUGAAACCUUUUCAUAGACCGUUAGGGGCUUCAUGUAAACUUGAAAGAAAAUGGCAUGAAGAUGACUUGAGGCACCAGAGGUUACAUGAAGAGAAGUAUGGUCAGUCACCCAGAAGAGUUUCUGAUGAAUUUACGGCAAGGAGCUCUUUACAGAAGAGGUAUCCUGAAGAUCACGAUUACAGAGAAUAUGGGCACACGUCUAAAAGGGCUAAAGAAAUGGAGAGGUAUGACGGUGGAGAAGUAGCAAGAAAUUCCACGUGGAAGCAAGAACGUUCUUUUCCACCCUACCAAGAAAAGGAGGAGCAGAGAAAUCUGGGUGCCCAGUCCCACCGAUCGGCUGAAAGGGAGUACUUGGAGGGUUCUGUCGCGAAGAUAGCCUAUGAGUACAGUCACAAACGGCGCAGGCAUCUGGAUGGGGAAAAGCCUUUUUCAGAUGAUAGAGCUCAGAAGCAUGUGAAGCAGGAAGACCAGAAAUACGGUUCUUCUAAGGGUGCCCGGAAUAGCAAAGAGUUAGAUUACCUUAGCAGUGGAAGAGCGAGACGGACUGAAGAAGGGCACGUCGAAGAACCUGUUAAAUAUAGUUCAAAGAAGGGCUGCAGUGCUUGCAUUAACUCUUCCAAAAUGGAUGUUGAUCUGAGAUCUUUUAAAAACAAACCGAAGGAAAGAGUAAGGAAAGAAGGGGAAUUCAGGAAAAAAGUAGAUUCCUCCGAUAGCCAUCAUGAUUCAAAUCAUACUGUUUCAGAUGUGAAAAUGUCAGAUGUCAACUGUAGGAGGGAACAUCUCACAAUCAAAGUGGAUAUGAAGAAAAUGGUGGCCAAGUACAGGAGUGCUUCUAGUCAUACUGCAGAGAGACAGAUGUCCCAUGAUCUCGUUGCUGUUGGCAGGAAAACUGAAAAUUUUCAUCCGGUGUUUGAGCACAUGGAAUCUGUUACACAAAAUGUUGAAAAUGACCCAUCAAGAGAAUUUACUCAGGAAAUAAUUACAAUUAUCCAUCAAGUUAAAGCAAAUUAUUUUACAUCUUCUGACAUAACUCUACAUGAACGGUUCUCAAAAAUUAAGGAUAAGCCAAUUGAAAAUAUGAAUGAAGUGAAAACACGUUUGGAUCCAGAAAUUCACAGGAGGAUUGACAUGUCUCUAGCAGAACUUCAGAACAAACGAACUGGGCCAUCUGAGUCUCCCCAGAACAUUAUAAGAGUGUUAGAAGAUCCAAAUGAUCUACGGCAUGAUAUAGAAAGGAGAAGAAAAGAGAGACUGAAGAAUGAAGAUGAGAGAGUUUUUCAUUUAGAUGGUGUAACACCAAGGAACCAUGAAAGCUGCAGUCUUUCAAAAUUACACAACUCUCAACUUGAUGGCUUCCGAAAGCCUAUGAGGUUCAUUAAGCCACCUUUCAGAAAAUUUAUUGGGAAACCUCACCUGAAUUCUUACUAUUCUUCAAAACCAAGUGAUACUUACCCUCACAGACGCAUUCGAGGACACCUUGAAAACACAGGACCCUUUAGAAGGCACUUUAAGAGCAACUUUGCAGAUGGCCGUUUGCAAUCCCAUUAUAAAUCAGGCUUAGUACAGAAGGGUUUAUAUAUUCAGGCUAAGUACCAGCGGUUACGUUCUGUUGGUGUAAGGGGAUUUACCACUAAUAAAUUCAGAGAUGGAUUUUUGAGGAAAGAAAAGGGAAAUUUAAAUAUUGCAACAGAAACCUGAACUGAGCUGUGAUCCUGAAGUUGAAACAGACAACACAGCAAAGGGAGCAUCUGUUCAUUUUUUGACAAUGUUGUCAAGACUUAAAAUAGGAUAAAGGAACUAACCCUAUAACUUUCUUGAUUAAAAAUAACUUUAUUUUUCAGUAGUGGAAUGCUGCAGAACUUUUUUACAGUUUUAAUAAUUGCUUUUAAACUACAGUAUUCAACUGAAACAUUGUAGUAUGUACCUUUAGUUCCUUUUGCAUACCAGUCUCAAGUAAAGAAGUCAUCAGAGGGAGUCUUAUUUAUUGAAUACUUUUUCUCUAAGCAUGAUGUUACAGAUGGAACUUGAGUUGUUACACCCAGAGGUUUCUAUGUUGAAAGUUUAUUGCUUAUGUAAUAAAAAAAGGAAGAAAAAAAAAAAAGUGCCUGAAUUGUUUGGUAAUAGCACAUAGCUCAGGAUUUUCCAAGUAAUGACCUUUUAGGUUGUGCAAUAGAUUUUACACCUUUGUUCAGUCAUUGCUGUGAACCAGUAUUUUGUAUUUCUUUAGUUUAAUAAUAUACUUGGGUUUCUGAUGUGUAUAUACAUUUGUAAAUUGUUAGAAUGUUGGGACAAAUUUCAGUAUUUGAUUAAAAUGAAUGGUAAAGGCAGGUGUGUACUGUAAUGUAGCAGUAGCUUAUAACUGCACUGAAAGCAUGCUUGGGGUUGUUAGAGGAUUAGUUGGUCUGUAUUCAAAAUUAUUGUCUCAUUAUCUUUUGGUGUAUGACAUUCUUGACCAAGCCACAUGUUCUCUAAUCUUUUUUGUCAUAAAUGAUUUGGGGAUUUCCUGGAUUCUGAAAUUGAGGCCUGAAGUGUUUAAUUACAAGAAAAACAAAAAACGAUACUACUGUUUCUGUAAGCUUCCUGCAGUGUUCUUAUUAAAGCCUGGAAGAGAACUCAUGGUUGAACAAAUGGGAAAAGUGGAUAUAUGAAGAAACUUCUGACAUGGCAGUUUUGCUAACACUGCUUAGAAGUAAUGCUGAAGUAGUCGGGCUUCAGUCAGUUAAUGCUGCUUUAACCAGGUUUAGAAAUGUGACUGGCUCCUCUCUGAUUUUGUGCUCUCUUAUUUUACUUGUGCAUGACUAGGUAUCUCUGAUUUGUUUUGUUUUUGAACAGUUUAGCUUUGUUUUUUAUUUCUACAACUGUGAGCAACAUAUUACAAGCAGGGUUUGUUGGCAUGUUUACUGACCUUGACUUCUCCCCCCACUCCUUGCCCACCCUCGGUCCCAAGAUGAAUGUCAUAUGAUGAAAUGUAGUAACUGUUUCAGUUGCUUUAGCUUUUAUUUAAUGUGAUACCAUUUGCUCAAAUCACAUUCUUUACUGAUAACUUUACUUUGUUAAUUUGAGAUUCUGUGAUGAUAAAACUUCCUGUAUUUUAUAAAAAUCAUACGAAGGUUGAAUUCUGUGACUGGUUUAGGUGCUAGAGGCAUCAGCUCUAUCUGGUAUGAGACAUUGCUAUGUAGAUAUAUCUUUGUGAGUUGGAGGCUUGUGUCUAUAUACUUACACACAAAUCAGCUUGCUUAUGCUUGUAGCACAGAAAAGUUCUGUUGUACUGGAAUACGUUUUGUUGAGAGCAGUGUAUUGAAGUUACUGAUUGGGUUGUGAAGGCGCAAGAAAAAGUCUUAAGUAGAAGAAAGGUCUAUUUACUUGAAUAACUUGGUGCCUUUCUGUAUUGUGAUUGCAUUGUAGAAAACACCUGUACAAAGACUUAAGUAAUAUCCUGAUUAUCCCAUUGUUUCUAAUGGGAAUAUGGACUGAUAUCAGAAUAACUACUUAUUUAAAUACAUGUGUAAGUCUCAGAAGGAAAACAGCGUCGCUUGUGCUAGUAAAGUCUGCCACUGCAUUUGCAUUGGAAGGGCAACUUAAAAAUGUGAUUGUCUAAGAGCUUUCUAGCUUUGUCCUAUACGUUGAAAAUAUAAAUGUGAAUUGCCUUUCUUUUUGGUUGACUUGAAAUGGCUGUUAAAUGCUCAUGUCACUCAAUUGUUCCCAUGUGAAAUGUUCUUUUAAUUGCUAUCCAAAAUGCAAUGGCUUUAAUACGACUAGAGUCUUCCUUAUAAGUGUCUGAAAUAGUAAGUUGUGAUGUUAGCAUUUAUAUUGAUGAUCCAUUUAAUCUCUACAUAGAUUUGUUAGAAUCCUCAUUUUAAACUUUGAUGCGAGUUCACAAGGUUAACAAAAUUCUGGGGCUAGUAAGAAGCAACACAUUACAAAGCUUCUACAAGCCUGCCUUAACUCUAGCAAUUAUUUUCAUGUUUCACCUUACCUGAUGGAUUUAGACGGCCUUGAGACCUGGAUAGAACUGUCUCAACUCAGGUAACUGAUAGCAGAGAGGAUGGGAGUAAAUUCAGCUGAUCACCAAUUGUGUUAAUGGCUUACUUGCUGCCUUCUCUCCCAGGGCCUCAGAGUGAAAUGCUGAAUUUUCUUUAUAUGAACUUAGUUGCUUUAAAAACAAAAUAAAAACCAAGAUGACACUUUGGUGGCAUUAAAAAAGGUGGGGUUCUCAAAACUUGGAAAGUUAUUUUCUGCCAUGUCUUGGAAAUGGAUAGUGAGAGUUGCUUGGAGGAGAAGAUUAAAGAUUAUAGCAAAGAGAGAGUUGAUUUCUCAGUGUUCACCUUAGAGACUGUAAAUAGAGGGAGUUCUUUAACUUCCUUGCUUUCCAAAGGGAUCUUUUCCUAUGCUGUGUAGAAACAUGCCUCUUGCCUUUCCUUAAACAUUUGAACAGCCAUCUGCAAAGUUUUCUACGGGAGAGCUUUCUAGAAGAAAGACUUCAGACUGGCAUCUGAAUGAACCUGGGGGGGGAAGGGAUGUUUCUGCACAUUAUUCUGGCCCUUGACAGACUUCAUUCCAUUGCUGCAAGAUUUGAAGAUAGGAGGUUCUUCAGCCUCCUUUUGAAGGAGAAAAAAAAAUAAAAGCCAUUUCAAGGUCAUUGAAAGCCUACUUGUAACACUUGACUCCUUAAUAGACCUUAAUGGUAGUGAUGAACAUUUAAAGAGUGUUCUGUUUCAAGCUUGAGGAGCUAAAUUUUUAGUGUUCAGAGCAGAGAAAACUACAGUCAUAACACCUGCCCUUUCCUUCUGUGCCUGAUGCUUUUUGUUGUUGGGAGGGGGUUUUGAGUGGGUAUUCAGCCACGUGGCUUAAUAGCUCUAUGCUGCUUGCCACUUGAAUACAGUUUUCUUCUGUUCACUGUUCAUUGCUCUGAAUUUUGUCUAAGCAGUCUAAAUCUCAUGCUGUCUUUUAAUAUUUCAUUUUCUGUAAAUAAUGUAGUAGAUGGCUUUCAUUUUGUGACUGGCUUCUCAUAUCUUUAUUGUUGAGGGAAGAGACAGGGUGGAAACAGUUGUUGUUUGAGUAUGCUCUUCGUGGAAUAAAAAAGCCUCAUUAUUUUGUUUAAGAAUAGCAGGAAUUCUUUUCCCCCCAAUUGAAUGAGGAUGUGGACUGAUGUCUACUUGUAAGGAAUAUAUUAACAUUGAUGUUAUUUAUACUGUAGUUUCACAAGGACCUUCUAAUGUGUGUAUGUGCACGUGUGUACACAUACAAACACAGUGUUAGAAAUCUUUAAUGUAAUUAUUUCUAAGUGUGGAUAAGAAAUGACAUUUUUAAACUACUGAAGAUGGAGUUAAAUGCAAAUGCAUUUUAAGUCUGUAGUCUUUGGCGUCCACAACGGUGCUCUUGACAAUGUUAUCUCAUAUCUAAAAUCCUCAUUCAUAAGUAUAUAUUAAGAUGUAGGUAUGUUUAUAUGUAUGUUUAACAUAGUUUAUAUAAAAUCAAUGUAAAUCUUGUUUCUACAGACAAUAAAUGUUUUCACAAAAUUUUUACUUAUAA